UGCUUGGCUGGUGGAUGGAUGGAGGUUGUUCCGAAUAAUCAUGUUCAGGCUAUGAAAGUAUGAACCACUGGUCAAGAAAGUAGCCGUUAACAAUGGCAUCCCAAAACUACCUUUGGGCCGUGGAUAACUGCGGCCACACCCACACCCUGUCCACCAACUUCCAGCUCUGGCAACAGCGAAGCCACGCCUCAGACGGCCAUCUUGUUGAGUUUAAGAAGGUGACGUCGAGCAGACGGUGUGCGUGGGCGCUAGGAUGUGACCAAGAGCUGUAUGCUUAUGUCUUCCCAAGUGACGUGCCUAUAAGAUGUCUUGAGUAUACCUACGAGAAUCAGAGGUGGAAUCCAGUUCAUGGUUUUUCCGAGAAGGGACUGUUUCCGACGGACCGCGGAGGCUGGACGGAUGAGAAGGGUGCUCACCCCCUGCCAAAGCCCCACGGUAUUAAGCUCCCGUCGAGCCAUUGGGCGUGGGAAUCGGACUGGCAUGUUGACGAGAGCAUCAGGGGUAAACCAACUGGAAAAGGGGGAUGGCAAUAUGCAGUCAAUUUUAACUCCAGAGAGAAUUUCACUCCAGAGAAGCAUUGGAACUCAUGUGUCCGACGGAGGAAGUGGAUCCGCUAUAGACGGUUUAAGGCCACUGGUGUAUGGGCCGCGGUACCUAGUCUGUUCCCGGAUGCACUGGAGGAACCUUUCCAUGACAUAGCUAUAGGGGGAUACGAGUUACCAGGCCAACUUGAAGGAUACCUCUCUGUAUGGACAAUAACAGCUCUCGGCAAGGUAUAUUGUCGUACUGGAGUGAAUAGCAAGUGCCCAGAAGGGAUAGACUGGAAUGAGAUAAAGACACCGGAGAAUAAAGGCCUGGUGCAGAUAUCUGUGGGACCUACUGGUGUUGUAUGGGGUGUAACAUGGGAUGGUCUUGGCAUCGUGAGAACUGGUGUUUCAAGAGACAAGCCACUAGGAACUGGUUGGCAGUAUGUAGCACCCCCUGAGGAAACUGGACUUGGCCAGGUGUCUGUAGGCGUCAAUGCAGUGUGGGCAAUCAGUAGAGACAAUAAGGUUUUUUUUCGUCAGGGUUUUGAGGCCAUUCGAGCGCUUGUAGACAAUGAAGCAUGCACGGGAACCAGUUGGGUUGAGAUGGUUGGGAAGAUGGCAGCAAUAUCAAUUGGUCCCAAUGACCAGGUAUGGGCUCUUGGGUUUGUGGACAGACAGAUUUAUUACCGAGCUUCCGUCACCCACGACGAGCCUUGCGGUCGCUCAUGGAAACUGAUUGAUAUUCACGAUAGGAAACGAAGUACCACGGGAAGCAGCUACGAUGAGAGUAGUCUGUAUGGAAGUAUGUCAUCGCUGUCCAUACUCAGUGAGAGCAUGGGUCGAGGAUUUGGUCGGGAGUCACCUAUCAACAGUGAGGAUUUACAGCGUACAGCACGCAGUGUCACCAUGCCAGCCCUGGCAUUGGGUGCCAGACCGCUCAGAAGGGGCAGCGAGACCGUCUCGAGGAAUCAAUCAGGGAGAUUGGUCAGAACUUUGGCCAUUCAGACAGAUGCCGUGAAGGCUCCAGAGGUAUCUUGUGUGGAGAAAGAACCAAAGGCAAAAGUUAAUUUGCAUCCGAUGCUCGUUCGAGCAGUGUGGUCGGCGUCAAAUGAAGGCAGCUUACAAAGCGACGGUAUGAGAAAGGUCACCAAACCAGCAUUUAAAAAAAGGAACAGCAGGGGACUGUUAGGCAGAGAGACUCAUAAAACAGUUGAUGAUAGCGUGGACAUCACCGAAGACAUCGAAGACAAGACUUGUGGAUUGGCUCGUAACACUGCCAGUGACCCAUCGCUAAGCAGUUCAGCUGAAGACAGCGGUUUUGCCUCGGAGCCUUCUAAAAUUAGCUAUAAUGCCUCCUGUGAUGGGUUGACGUUGAAUCAACUCCACGAGGAAUAUCAGAAGCCAGAACGGAAUAGACAAGACUCGUACUCAUCAGAGUUCUCAGACACAGUCAUAAAUUUUGUUGGGAGCCUCGGUGAGAGUGGCUCAUCAGAGAAUCUUGAUACUGCCAACAAUAAAGCCACACAGACCGAGGUCAUGGACACUUCAGAACGUGCUAAUGAAAACUCACUUGAAUCUUUGAACUCUACUGCCAGCGCGGAGCAGAUCACUUCCUACAGGGGCCGAAGCAAAACCUGCCCCAUGUCAACACCGGCGAUUACCGUUGAUGACAACCAACCCCUGUCUGAGUGUACCCCACCGACCCUUUUGAAUAAACCCAUGAGAAGUAUUAGCUCUGAGAUGAAUGACGUCCAGAGACAAGACAGCUCAGCGUCGGAUAUAAGCUUACUGGCGCCCUACCAGGACAGUAGCUUGUCUGACUUUACAUCAUCGGGUGAAGGUGGCUGCUUGUUGUGGGUGUCUGUCAGUGGAGCUGGGUGUGUCAUCGACCCAUUGGAACCUCCCAAAUGGUUCGAACAAACUGUUGUAAGUAAUGCGAGUUUGAAACACAAACUGAGAGACGGAUCCUGGAGGUGGCAGAUAUUGACGUUGCUUAAGAAGCGACAUGACAGAGAGACGACUGGCUUUGCAAAUACACCCCUGGCUGUGGAAAGGACGUCGUGGGUGAAGGUAGGCCGUAUGCAAUGGUACACUGAAGGGAAGCGUAGACUAUGGACUGACUGCACAGUGGAGCUACAGAGAGGAAUGGAUGGAAAAGGAUUAGAAGAAACAACGUUUACAUGUCACUACAACCUCUCAGGGAAAGUCAAGCAAAUCCAGAUUUUAUUGAGUGAAAUAACCUGUGUGCUUGAGGUGAAUAACUUUGACCGUCCAGCUUUUGCCAUUUACACCGCCAAGCGUGUGCUAGAACGCCGCCCCGUCAAACUGAGGGUAGGCAACGAAAAAGAGCUCCAAGAAUGGGUGUCAACCAUCAGUCUUGCCUGUUGUGAGAGUAGAGGUAUCACAGGUCCACCCUCGCCAAGAGCUGCUUGGUUUAUCACAUGUAGAGGUGACAUCUUUGUGUAUGAUACCUUGCCAAAUAUGGAGACUGCCCCAUCAUCUCUUAUGUUCUGGAGGCAGAUCGGAGGUCACAUGACCAGGAUAGAGGCGUGUCCAGCGGGCGUGGUAUGGGGACUGGGCAUGGACAACACCCCAUGGGUCUACACUGGAGCGUAUGGUGGAGGUCUGUUUAAAGGUGGAUGCAGUAGCGGCAAUGGUAUUGGAACCCAGACUGAUCAUAAAUACGUGUGUAUCUAUGAAAACCAACGCUGGAACCCUAUUCUGGGAUUCUCUGAUAGGGCCUUUCCCAUUAAUGAAACGGGGUGGACUGAUGAGGCGGGCAAAAUAGAAUGUUCCAAAGAAGCAGUAAACCCCCCUACCAGGCACUGGCAAUGGAUAACGGAAUGGAGGAUAGAUUUUACUGUGCAUGGUAGUACUGACAAUGCAGGCUGGCAAUAUGCCAAAGACCAUAAGAGUCGGAAGGGUUAUCACAAAGACAAACGAUGGAAUGACUAUGCUCGAAGGAGACGCUGGAUCAGAAAGUGCCAGUUACUAACCACAGGCCCUUGGCAAGAGCUACAAAACCUGUCUCUGAUUGACGUAUCCAUGCAACCUGAUGUAGAUGAGAUGUGGGUCCGACCUAUUGUACUUUGGGCCAUCAGCUCAAAUGGUGAUGUAGUAACGAGACUAGAGGUCACCAGACACUGUCCAGAGGGUCAUAGCUGGAUCCAUAUUCCAAGUGAUCAGCCAUUUCAAUCUAUCUCCGUCGGGGGGAAUUAUCGCGUCUGGGCCGUCGCUAAGGACGGCUCUGCGUUCUUCCGCAACGGGAUCCAUGCUCAGAAUCCAACAGGUGAUACUUGGUUCCACAUUGCACUACCAGCGAUAGCUCCUCUAAUACAGAUAUCAUGUGGAGCUACAUCAGUCUGGGCUAUAGACAGUCAGAUGAAUUUGUGGUAUCGUGAGAACAUCACACCCACCUUUCCUGAGGGAACUCGCUGGAUACUCGUCAGCAACAAGGUCAGGAAAGUUUCUGUUGGACCCGAAGAUCAGGUUUGGAUAAUCGCUGAUGAGUCAAAUGGCUCGAGGGGUGUAAUAUGCCGGCGAGAGGGUAUCACGCUCAAAAGACCCACAGGCACGUCCUGGGACAAGGGAGCAGGGGGAGGGGUCAAACACUUGACGAUAAGGGCAUGUGCAAAGGAAAGGUCACCAGAGGUCAAGAUGGAUGACAUAGCUCAAGCCACAGUACAGGGUCAGACAGAGAUUACAGAUGAACUCUUCAAACCCUACACUAGCUCUAGAGACAACGUGCUUUGCUGACUGAAAUAAGAAAUCAUACCUUCAAAUGUUAUAUGUUUACCACUAAGCUUGAACGAGAUACACUGAGUUGACUGAAAUUACAAAUAGGAUCUUAAAGGAACACGUUGCCUUGGAUCGGACGAGUUGGUCUAUAAAAAAGCGUUUGAAACCGUUUGU